AUGGAUUAAUAAAAAGCACCUAUAAUUUCAUAAGAGGCUAAGUUAUCUGCAAUUGAAUCUCCAGAGUUUAAUCAGAUGAGAAAAGCAAACAUUAUGCAUACUAUUUCUCUAGGGCAUUUUGGGCAGAUGCUAAAAUUUUUAAUUUUAAAGGUCAUAAGAAGCACUAGGAUUAUUUUUAUUUGUUGUAAAAGAUAUUUUAAAAGGAAUCAACAGAAGUAGGAGAUAUAUUAUUAUAAAAUUAAUUCAGAAAACUAGGUUUAAUAAUUAUUAACAUAAGUAUCUAAAAGUAUGUUUCUAAUUAAACUUAAACUAAUUAUUGAAUAACAUAAGGAAAGUUAGAAAUUAUGGAUAUAAGAUAAGGGACCAAUUAUUGAAACAAAUAUUGGUUUUAUAGAAACAUAUUUAGAUCCAAUGAAAGUGAAAACAGAAUAUGAAGGAUUUGUAUCAAUUUUUAAAUAAGAAGAAUCAAAAUUACUUGUAAAUUUAGUUGAGAAAGCAGAGAAUAUAAUUAAAGGUUUACAUUGGCUUAAAGAAUUUUAAAUUGAAAAGUUUAGUAGACCUGAUUUAAUAUCAUUAGAAAUAUUGUUAUUUGCUUGUUUUGGUACACAGUUGGCAUCAAUAUACUAAUAUAUGAUGAUGUUAGAUAAAAUUUAGGAUUAAAAAAUGUCAACUUAGGUAAUGUAUAAUGGUAGUUGUAUUUCAUGAAUUGAUUGGACUAAAUUUAUGG